AUGUCCAAAGAGAGGGUUUCGCCUUGGGGGAGGCUAACGGGGUCGGGAAGCAAGAGGUCUUCGUCGCCACCCAACCCCUUGGAGGCCACGAUCGAGUCGCUCAAGCAGGAGAAUCAGCGCCUGAAGGAGCUGAUCUCGGAGCGGACCUCCCAGGGCGCGACUCAGUCUGGGUACCUGAACAAGUACCGCCCGCACGCCACCGCCUCGCUCUGGGCACACACCUGGGAGCCUCGCUUCGUGGUCGUUCGCACGGGACACCUGUCCUACUACCGCAACGAAGAGGGCGUGCAGUUUCACCCGCGCGGCCAGCUGGACCUGGAGGGCACGAGCGUGGUGGCGGAGGGGCUGAAGCGCCGCGCCUUCCACACCUUCCAGAUCGUGGACAGCGCAGGGGCGACGCUGCUGCGCCUGAGCAGCGACUCGCCAUCCGAGGCGCGCGCCUGGAUGGACGCGCUGGAACGCGCCGGGUGCCGGCGCCGCAGCGGCGGCGAGGAGGGCGAGCUGGCGCGCCGCGACAGCUCCUCCACCGUGAACACGGUGGGCGGGGAGGACAGCGAGGCCGAGUCCAGCGGCGGCGCGGGGGCUGCCGCCGUGUCCGGCAAGCACAUCGGCUACACCUCCGACACGUCGGACGUGCAGAGCCGGCCCCCUCGCCGGCCGCCCAGUGGCAACGGCGGCGGCGGCGGGCAUGGCGGGCACCACCAAGGCUCCGCGCGCGAGGGCUCCGGCGAGGGCCAACCCAAGCGCAAGCGCGAGGCCAUGAAGCCGUCCGCCCCGCUGCACACCGCCACCAAGUACUCCAUCAUGUCCUCGGAGCGCGUGCUGUCCAGCAACCAGAACGGCAUGGUGAACCUGACGCUGCUGGUGCUGGCGGCGGCCAACUUCCGGCUCAUCCUGGAGAACCUGCUCAAGUACGGCCUGCGCUUCAACCCCGUCACCUUUGCGCGCCGCGCGCUGACCCCCCAGAACAACCCCCUCCUCUUCCUCUGCUGGCCCACGCUGCUCGCCCUCUGCCUCGCCGCCCUGGGCAUCGAGCGCCUGGCCCUGGCCGCACUGCGCCGAGAGCAGGCCCGCGACGCCGCGGCGGCCAAGAAGGGGGAGGGGCGCAGCGCCGGCGGCGGCGGCAAGAGCGCCGUGGGCGCCGGCGCCGCGGAGUGGCUGAUCCUGGCGCUCAACGUAGCCAACACCAGCGCCAUGCUGGCGGUGCCCAGCGCCGUCAUCCACUACACCGACUCGGAGGUGCUGCCGGGCUUCGCGCUCACCGCCGUGGCCAUCGUGCUGUGGAUGAAGGCCGUGUCCUACGCGCACUGCAACUGGGACCUGCGCUGCGCGCGCCGCGCGCAUGAGCUGCGCGACGGCGAGCGCGGCUCCGGCCUGCUGCCCGCGCACGGCGACCCGCCGCUGCGCUACCCGGAGAAUCUGACGCUGGGCAACCUGGCCUACUUCCUGGCCGUGCCCACGCUGUGCUACCAGCUCACCUACCCGCGUUCCACCCGCUUCCGCAUCAGAUGGCUGCUCAGGCACGGCGGCAUAAAGGGGGGGGGGCGGGUGGCGACCAUGCUGGUGACGCUGACAACCAUGCUCUUCAUCAUCGAGCAGUACAUCGAGCCCACCAUCCAUAACAGCAUCCAGCCCAUGAUGACCAUGGACUGGCCGCGCAUGGUGGAGCGCCUGCUCAAGCUGUCCCUGCCCAACCUCUACCUCUGGCUGCUCAUGUUCUACACGCUCUUCGAUCUCUGGCUCAACAUCGUGGCGGAGCUCACCGGGUUCGGCGACCGCGAGUUUUAUAAGGCGCGCUGGGGUUGGGAGUGGUGGAAUGCCACGACCGUGGGCGAGUACUGGCGCCUCUGGAACAUGCCGGUGCACUCCUGGAUGCUGCGCCACGUCUACUUCCCCUGCGUCCGGCACAAGAUUCCAAAGUUCACGGCUGGCCUGAUUGUUUUCUUUGUGUCUGCGGUCUUCCACGAGAUCCUGGUGGCCCUGCCUCUGCACAUGGUCAAGGGCUGGGCGUUCUAUGGCCUGAUGGCGCAGGUACCUCUCAUGCUGAUCACCGAGAAGCUGAAGCAGCGCUUUGAGAGCGACCGCAUUGGCAACGCUAUUUUCUGGAUGAGCUUCUGCAUCCUGGGCCAGCCCCUGUCCAUCAUGCUGUACUACCACGACUGGAGGAAGGAGCAUGGCGCAUAG